AUGUCCCCGGUUGCCAGGUGGCAGACACAGUAGGUCUCGGCCAGCUUCGGAGCCUGCGGGAGAGGACGGACAUGAGAACGUGGCCUCCCCAGUGAUAGCAGAGGGGGAACUGUGAAUUGACGAGGAGAAACCUCCCCUGCUCAGCCCCUGGUGUUUUGUGGGAUGGAGCAGCGGAGCCGAUUCCAAGUGCGCAAAUGCAGGCAAAGCCACGACGGAUCCAGCAGCCGGGAUCUGCAGGGCUGGAAGGGCUGGGUCUGCUGCCGGGGAACCCACCGGGACUGGCAGCAGCAGAGUGGGUCCCUGACGUCUUCCCGGCUGCCUCCCCCCGCCGCCGUCCCAGCCAAGCAGGCACUGCUCCUCUUCUUUCCCUGGCAGCUGCAUUUCAGAGUGUGUUGCCUACCUAGAAGCUAUACCCUGCAUGAGGAGGCUUCAAACUAGCAUUGUCACACCUUGACCAUGAAUGGGUACUUGGACAAGUCCAACUUCAGGAUGGUGGAGGAGGGCUUCACCACCAGAGACCUCCUGGAGAACCUCCUCGUGGAGCUGUGCCAGGGGAGUGACCAGCAAGCCUUCUUCGUGGCAGACCUUGGGGACAUGGUGAGGAAGCACCUGCGUUUCCUGAAGGCCCUGCCUCGUGUCAAGCCCUAUUUCCCAGUCAGGUGCAACAGCAGUGAAGGGGUGCUCAGGCUGCUGGCAGAGCUGGGGACAGGCUUUGCCUGUGCCAACAAGGCAGAGAUUGCACGGGUUCAAAGCAUCGGGGUCCCAGCUGACAAGGUCUUCUACAGCAGCCCCUGCAAGCAGGUUGCCCACCUCAGAUAUGCAGCCAAGCAAGGUGUGGAGCUGAUGACCUUUGACAACGAGGUGGAGCUGAGCAAGGUGGCCAGGAACCAUCCUCGUGCCAAGAUGCUGUUGGGUGUUGCUCCUGACUCCAGGCCCUCUGCCCACCCAAGCAUGAUGUUUGGGGCCACACUCAAGUCCUGCCGGCACCUGCUGGAGAUGGCAAAGGAGGAGGCUGUGGAGGUGGUUGGCAUCAGCUUCCACCUGGGGAGCUGUGGGCUGGAGCCCCAGACCUUGGCUCAGGCGGUGGCCGUGGCACAGCUGGCCUUUGAGGUGGGCACAGAGUUGGGCUUCCAGAUGCACCUCCUGGAUAUCGGGGGGGGAUUCCCGGGCACAGAGGACACCCGAGCCCGCUUCGAAGAGGUUGCUGCUGGGAUAAACUCGGCCUUGGGGUUGUAUUUCCCAGAGGGCUGUGGGGUGGAGAUCUUGGCCAGACCUGGCAGGUACUAUGUCAGCUCUGCCUUCACCUUCGCCGCCAGCGUCACGGGCAGGGAGGAGGUUCCUGCAGACCAGCCCAGCUCUGAUGAGGAAGAUUCUAGCAGCAAGAAGAGCCUCGUGUACCACCUCAGUGAUGGCAUCUACGGUGCCUUCAGCUGCCUCCUGUUUGACAGCCCCUGCCCCAGGCCUCGGCUGCACAAGAGACCCUGCCCAGACCCCCCCUCACACAGCAGCAGCCUGCAGGGUCCCCUGGGCCAGGCCGAGGAUCGCAUCGCCGACGGGCUGAAGCUGCCUGAGCUGCAGGUGGGAGACUGGCUGGUCUUUGAGGACAUGGGGGCCUACACCACCAGCCCCUCCCCACCCACGGGGGGUCCCCAGCCACGGGUCACCUACGCCAUGUCCCGCCUGGCCUGGAAAACCAUCCAGCUCCUCCAGGGAAAGCCACAGCAGACAGAAGAAGACCGGGAGAGUGUUUGUGCCCCGCUGUCCUGUGGCUGGGAGAUGGCAGAGUCCCUCUGUGUCACCCCUGUCUUUGCUCCUGCUGGCAUCAUCUGAGCAGCACCAGGACCCCCCCCCGCUCCCAGUGGGACCCCCCCCUGCUCCCACCAAGCCCCCCCCAGGGCAAGGACUUGGGAUUAUCCACCAUAAAUCUCAUCCUUCCUGCUCACACUGCGUGGUGGGUGGGGGACAUGGGGCAGGUUUGGGCUCCUGGAUUUUUUAAGUGAUGGUAAUAAAUGGUUGUCAU